ACAUAAACAUGAAUUUGAAACAAAUGGAAAUGGCCAUCAGAGUAAAGUUGAAGAGGAAACAAAAGUAAAGAAACGCAAACAUAAACAUGUAGAAGCUCCAGAGGAACCUCCUAUCAAAACAAAGAAAAUGAAAACCGAAAACACCAAUGACAACAAAAAAAGUGUGGGAACUAAUAAAGGUAAAUUCAACUGGAACGGAACCAUCAAAGCUGUUCUGAGACAGGCUCCAGACAACGAAAUUUCAAUUAAAAGACUAAGAAAAAAGGUUAUAGCUCAUUUUUACGCAGUAGCUGCUGAACAGUACAAAUCAGAAGAGGAGAUCCUUGUCACAUUUAAUAAGAAAGUGAAUAACAAUCCCAAAUUUAAAGUUCGGAAGGACAAAGUGAAACUUGUGAAAUAAAAGUCUGCAUACUUUGCUGUUGCGUUUUAAUCUUGCAGAGGGAGUCAAACUCUUCUGUCACCUGUACAAAUACUAUGCAUUGGUCUCAAACUGUAUAUGUGAAAGCAGAAUUUAACUUUUAAUACUGGGCUCGUUUUUCUAGAUUGAUCACAGAACAUUUUCAGAUACUUUAUUUUUUGAUUUUAUGGAAAAUGUAUAUUUUCUGGUACAAGUUUUAAGAGACAUUGAAAAUAAUUACUGCCUACUGUAUUAAAAUUCUCCCAGUAAUGGAUAUAAUUUAUAGGCAUGAAUGUUUUACCUGGACCUAGGUUGUGUGGCUUUUUGCAGAAACUAUUUUAAGAGCAAAGAGGAUUUUCAUAUUAAAAAACCCACUGUGGAAUAAAUGUUUUGUUAUGUUCAAAUCCAAAGUGGCAUGACUGAUAUCCCCUUUACACAGUGUAGCUAGUGUAUGCAGGCUUUAUUAAACAACUAAGUCUGUGGUGUAAAAUGCGUAAUUAUAGUGUCUCAGGUUUGUGUGGGCAAUAUUGCACGUUCAGUGAAAAUCUAAAGACUGAGUUACCUGUAUAUGCACUGCUACUGGAAGUCUUGAUUAGUAAUGCAACUGACUGCAAUAUAAGUGGUUACAUGGACCAAAAAUUGACUGAUGAAAUCAAUUACUUUAAAAUACCACCUUAAAUAUAAUAAAUCUUGUCACUUUUAUAACUGUAUAACAAAUCCACAGAUUAUAAAU